CCAAUAAAACUCUUGUCGUCCCCUUAACUCACUUUCUCACGUAAUGAAAUAAGACAACAAAUGAGGACAAUUUUUGAAUGACCCUUACAAAGACAUAUCCAAAAUUUUCCAUUUCAAUGAAAUAAAACCAAUAACACUCUUCUCCCCUUAACUCACCAGCUUAAUUUUUGGCUUUAAUCACACACACACUCUUCCCAAAUAGUACUUGUUUUUCCUUCCCUCUGCUUUCUAUCCAUCCUCUAUCAAAGUAGAUCUGCAUUUCUUCUUGAAUCAUCAUAAUCAUCAUGUCAUUUCAUUAUUUCCCUGAAUUUCAUAGGAUAAUAUAUCAAGAUAAGAAGCUGAGUAUUCCCAAGAAAUAUGUGGAGAAAUAUUGGAAAGGAAUGUCAAACCCAAUAUUCCUUAGAUUCCCAAAUGGUGUUGAACAACAAAUAUUUUGGGGGGAGAGUAAUACUAAUGAUGAUAUUUGCUUUCAAAAAAAUUGGGAAAAUUUUGCAAAGUGUCUCAAAUAUGGAAAUCUCUUAACUUUUAAACACAUAGGUGGACCAUAUUUCAUGGUUAACAUAUUUGGUGUCAAUGGUUUAGAAAUAAACUAUUCCAAUGUCAAAUCCAUUGUUGAUCAACAAGUUGCUAAAGAAAUUGCAAAGCAACCACAAAGAAAAAGUAAUAUCAAGAGAGAAAUAAGUGCUGAUGAACAAGUUGUUGAAGAAGGCAUGAUGAAGAAGGCUAAAAAAUGCACAACAACUGGUAAUGUGGGAGACAAUAAUCAAAAUCCCUUUUUUGAAGUUGUAUUGUCAAAAACGUAUGCUGCUGGCUUUUACUUGUCAAUACCAAGCGAGUUUUCAACACAACAAUUGAAGAAGUUGGAAGACAUUAAUGCAACCCUACGGGUGGGUGAGGACACGCCGAUGCAAGUGAGCUUUAAGUUUUAUAAGUUCAAUAAAUCUAUUAUUAGUGGCGGUUGGACGUUGUUUUGCCGAGAAUAUAACUUGAAAGUUAACGAUGUUUGCAAGUUUGUGAUGAUUCAAAGCCGACCACUUUCAUUCAAUGUUAUUAUUGAUCGAGCCAAAGACAGACCAAGAGCUAAGAAGUUGUCAAGAUUGAACCAAAGGAGUAAGUAGGGUUUAUGAAAAGACGAUAUCAUGGAGAUUUUGAAAAUGGGGGACAGUCAACGUUGAGUAAGGAGUAAGGAAUUGGUGAUAUUUGACUCAUUGAGUUGAUUGAUGAGAAGAAAUUUGUUUAAAGUUUCAAUUAGGAAAAAAAAAGUAUUUAGUUGUUUAAUAUAUGUUGUACUUUCAAGGUACUAUAACUAGAUGUUUAGUAAAUCAGUUUUAUGCAUUGAACUUUGUUAUGAUUUGUAUGAUGUGGUCUUUGUUUAGUAAAUCACUUUUUGAUUGAA